AGCUGACGGUCUCCGGCUGAUUUUUUUUUUCCCACGUUCUGCCGCGACUCGCGCGUGAAUCGGCAGCUGCCGCCCGCCGUUGAUGUCAGACUAUCCAGGUCGAGGAGCAGACAGGGAGCGGAGAUCAGCGUUCAGCCUCUGACGCGUCCUGGAAACGGAUUUUCUCCUGAGGCCUCUUCCUUCUUCCUCUGAAGAUGCCCUCGUAAACCUCCCAUGCUUCUCGUGCUGUGCACUUCCUCCCGGUGCUUUUGGCCAUCGUGAUUCUUCCUCUGCCACCAAAAGUGACGAGCAGCACCGUGUGUGACUGGCACCAUCGGCUAAGGGAGUUCUGCUUGUAGCCAUGCCGCUUGGUCUUGGACGUCGGAAAAAAGCACCCCUGGUGGAGAACGAGGAGGCCGAGCCGAUUCGAGCCGGAAUGACUUUGGAGGGCCUUGGCGAGAGCGCCCAGGGAGGGCUGGAUCUGCAGCCCGGGUUGCCCCCCCCACCCCCUAACCUCCGGCCCCGCCUGGUUUUCCACACACAGCUCGCCCAUGGCAGUCCUACCGGGCGGAUUGAGGGUUUCAGCAAUGUCCGCGAGCUCUACUGCAAGAUCGGAGAGGCCUUUGGCAUCGCGUCCAGUGAGGUGAUGUUCUGCACCCUCAACACUCACAAGGUUGACAUGGACAAGCUGCUCGGGGGUCAGAUAGGCCUCGAGGAUUUCAUCUUUGCGCACAUCAAGGGGCAGCGGAAGGAGGUGGACGUGUUCAAAAGUGAAGACGCGCUGGGGCUCACCAUCACUGACAACGGAGCCGGCUACGCCUUCAUCAAGAGAAUCAAGGAAGGGAGCAUCAUUGACCGAAUUCAGGUCAUCAAUGUCGGCGAUCUGAUCGAGUCCAUAAAUGGCCACAGCCUGAUCGGCUGCCGUCACUACGAGGUGGCGAAGAUGCUGAAGGAGCUGCCGAAGGGGAAGGACUUCUGUGUGAAGCUGGUGGAGCCGAUGAAGGCCUUUGACAUGAUUAGCCAGCGGUCCGGGAGCGCAAGGUCCGCUUCAGCAGCUCAGCUUGGCACAGGCCGGGGGACACUGCGGCUCCGCUCGAAGGGACCUGCCACGGUGGAGGAUCUGCCAUCAGCUUUUGAAGAGAAGGCCAUUGAGAAGGUGGAUGACCUCCUGGAAAGUUACAUGGGGAUCCGGGACAGUGAACUGGCUGCCACAAUGGUGGAACUGGGAAAAGACAAGAAGAACCCCGACGAGUUUGCUGAAGCCCUGGAUGAGACGCUGGGAGACUUUGCCUUUCCGGAUGAAUUUGUGUUUGACGUGUGGGGCGCCAUUGGGGAUGCCAAAGUGGGGCGCCUGUAGCUCUGGCUAGGGCAGGGCGCCUGGCGGGAUCCUUCCGCCCUGGACGUGACUGGGUGUGGAGACGCUGCGGCUUUCUCUUGGACACGUUUGCUGUGCCCCCCUCUUCCCCGCUCGGCCGUCAUGUGCAGACUACUGAAACGAGGGCUGGAGACGGGGGGCUCGCUGCUUACCUCUGUGACCUGUCGAUUGUUGAGUGGGUUUGUGAGCCACCCGAGUGCCCCGUGGCCAUCCUGUCCCUAAUCAUGUAGUAAGUGGCCUCCGCUUUGCUGCCCCUGUUGGGGGGUUUUGUCCCCCCUGACCUGCGGCCUGCCGGCUUUUUCCAGUUGGUGGGCCGUUGCAGAUUUUACUGAAGUCGCCUCAAACACGGAGAGGCAUUAAGAGUUGGCACAGGAGGACGUGUGAAUGCUGCGCCUCACCACCCAUUUCUGUUUUUUAUCGUCUUACUGUGAAGCUUUGAACUGGUUGGCAUUCCUGUUGAUGAGUGGAGCUGAUUGCCGCUUAUUUUUUAAUGCCCCCCCCCCACCCAUCCCAGCCCCAUCCCCCCUGUCAUUCUCAAGCUCAACAUGUUCUGCUUAAUCUAUGGCCGCCACUAUUUAAAUCAUACCUUGAUGAUGGCACCGUUUGCCCGGUGGUUUAACGUACACAAUAAGAAAGAAUGUGGGGGGUCCAACCGUGGAGCGUAUCCCACUGUUAGAUAGUCCUGGGGGGCCGCAGGAUACCACAGCUUUAGUCUGUCUCCCUGUUCAGCACUUGGGCGACAUUUCAGACGGGCUGCCAAUGAUGAGAGGCGCCGGGCACUGCAGGGAUUUCUCCAGAAUGUUCCUCUUAAGGCUUUCAGACAUAAACGGGGUGUUUGAUGGAAAGGCGGGAUUUGUAGAGCGCCCCCAUGUGGCCAAGGGGCAGCACUGGCGCUGAGGGUGGCAUGCCUGGUGGUGACGUGUCAUCCUCGCCUCCUGAGCCGAAUGGCUCUUAAUCAGUUGUGCCACAGAGCAGGAGCUUUGUGUCCUUGGCACCAGACAAACUUGUGCCCGUGUAUGCCAAUGUGCAUGCGACUGAGGCAGCUGGUCGCCCUUUGUGUUUUUGGGGACACGUUACUGUCAUGUGUGUGCUGUCAUCAUGUGACACGGAUGUUUGUUUUCUUUUGAAGAUGGCAUCUGGGUAUCUGACCCUUUCCUGCCCACCUUUGUCCUUGUGACCGCCUGGCGAUGGUCACUGUGGAGUCUGGACUGGGGUCAAUGGCUUUGGUGUCCUGCAGCUUUAGAAAUGAUAUUGGGCGCUGUGCCACAGCACACAGCAGUGGGCAGCACUGGGCACAGGACGGCUGGGUUCACUUUAGUUUACAUGUGGGUGUCGCACCUUUCUAUAGACACAUGGCAGACACGAUGCGUAGCCCUCAGGCGUGCUGUGGUCCUGAGCGGGCACUGCGGGGUGGGGGGCUCUCUUAACACAGUGAGAAUGUACACUUUGGGGUUUUUCACGUGGCACACUUUUCUACGGAGUGCUCUUUAUAUUUCUAACAAUGAUGUCACUUUCUAUUUCCACAUUAAAUGAGACCUAGUUAACCUGGACUUGGCUUUUUACCUUCA